AUGGCUUCAAAGAUGUUGAUCGCUGCACUUUGCAUGGUUGCGCUGCUGAGUGCAAACGACGUGUUUGCGAUGAACGUGAAGUGCCAUGGCAAGCCCUACAAGUAUACCUGCCCUGGGAAGCAUGCCUGUCCGAGCCAGUGUGCGCGUACCUGCGUCAUGGACUGCAAAGCUUGCAAGCCUGUUUGCACGUGCAAUAAGCCCGGAGGCGUAUGCCAGGAUCCUCGAUUCAUAGGAGGAGAUGGCAUCAUGUUCUAUUUCCAUGGUAAGAAAGACCAGAACUUCUGUUUGGUGUCGGACUCAGAGCUUCACAUCAAUGCUCACUUCAUCGGCAAGAGAGGUGAGGGAAUGGGAAGAGACUUCACGUGGGUGCAGUCCAUUGGAGUGCUCUUCGGCGGCAACCACCAGCUGUUCCUGGGAGCCAAAAAGAAUUUCUACAAACUGGCCAUUGCCUUGGACGGCAAAACGAUCCAACUUCCUAACCAGGAGGGUGCCACGCUUUCCCUCUCUUCCUCCAAUCUGACAAUCGUUCGAUCCGACACCACUAAUGCCGUCACAGUUGAAGUGGAGAACAAGUUUAUGAUUACAGCCCGCGUUGUGCCCAUCACUCCCGAGGAGUCUCGAAUCCAUAACUACGGGAUCACCUCCGAGUCCGGCGACUGCUUUGCCCAUCUGGAGCUGAGCUUCAAGUUCUACUCUCUCAGCCCCGAUGUGACUGGUGUGCUUGGACAGACAUACGCAGCAGAGUACAGGAGCCCCAUUAAGUUGGGUGUGGCCAUGCCCGUGGUGGGAGGUGAAGCCAACUAUGUGACGAGCAAUGUCUUUGCCACUGAUUGCAAAGUUGCCCGAUUCGGUUCGCGCAACAUCAACAUCAAUGACAACGAUUUCUCCGUCCUGGGUCUCAACUGUGCAGGGAGACCCGGUGGGCGAGGCAUGGUUUGCCGGAGAUAGAUAGAUUUGCACGUGGAGUUAGUUUCGUUUAUAUAUUAUGGGCACUGACCACUCUGGCCGCUAAAUAAAAUUGUCAAUAAGACCUUCAGUUUUAAUUAAUCUGAUAUCUAUCAAGCAUCAUUCAAUUAGUACUUUCACAUCGUACUGGCAUCGGGUACUUUUAUGGGGUAGUGAACGUGUGACCGUGUGAACGUGAACCUAGGGGCUGGAACUUGUAAUCAGGUGCUCUGGGAAGUACCCAGGCUAGUUAUCAACAAUAGAGUUGAAAUUGAUUAUGGAUUGAGUCACGGGACAUUUCUUAUAAUCAAUAAAGCUAUGUAUUUGCCUUAA